GAGAUAGUGUUGUUGUUUGUUGUUUUAAGCCUGAGCUUGGUCCCACCACUCUCAGGAGAGACGAGAAGAGAGAGACAGAGCACAAGUCUGUUAUGGCCCGCUGACGAGGGACUACAUGGGACGGCCCACUCCGGGGAGCAUCUGAUGGGAUUAUAACACUCUUUUCCAGCUCACUUUUUUUCCCCCUUUCCCCUCCACUAAGAAUAACUCAGUGUGUGUUGGUGGUGCAGCAUCACAGAGGCGACUCUGUGUUCAAACGGACAGCUCUGUGUCAAGGUUACUGGACCUGAUUUAUUCAUUUAUUUUUGUUGAAUGCAGCGAAAUAUCUGGGGCCCAUUGUUGAGGAGUUUUUGGAAGUUUGCAGCGCAUUUGGAAGAAUUCAAGCUUGCAGUUUCCUAUUUAGGAGUACAAGAGGAGGACAAAGAGAACACACACACAUUCUCACGCACAAGAGAGCUGCUUAUCUUGGCACGUCUGUGAUGGUGAACUGAAAGGAGAAUGAGAGAGGAUCUAGUCCCAGAUGAGCACUGACAGCUGACACCAUCCUCAAUUUGCCUUGAUUUGAUCUGGCACCAUACUUCCACUGUCAGUGAGAAGACAUGCUAACUCGCUCUGUGAUAGGUCUCUAACAGCCAAGACUCUUUGCCUUUUUAGGCUGUCCACACACACACACACACACACACACACACACACACACACACACACACACACACACACACACACACACACACACACACACACACACACACACACACACACACACACACACACACACACACACACACACACACACACACACUGUGCUCUAAACCUUUUGGGCUCUUUUUUUCCCUCCCACAAAAAACAAAAGGACAUAUCCUUGUUGCCUGGACCAAAAUCUACACUGCAAAACUAAUUUCCAGUUUGUUGCACUUUUAUUUGUUGAUUCCGCACUGAGCUGGAAGUGAAUUGCUUCUAGCUAAUAAGUGUUAUCUAAUAAAUACAGAAGGGGGGACCCAGCAGGCCUGACUUACUGUUGGGUUCACUUUCAGACUUGGUCCUACCAGUUGCAGCUGCAGAGACUCUGAAUUGACUUUUGCUGUUUUGGCCCCUGUCACUCUUGGACCUGUUUUUUUCCUGCACCGUCCUCUCAAAGGGAACUUUCGCCCCGGUGCCACAACUUGUGACCAUAGAUAACGUAAAGGAAUCCGGACUGUUUUCCUUUCCGAUUUAUGACAGCAUGGGGAUUUUUAUUGCGCCACAGAAGUUAACUUUGUGCAUCUCUCGCCUCCCAAAGCUCCUAUUUUGAUGCUUCCCUGAACUCAACUCACGUCUUUAAAAAAAAAGAAUAUAUACAGCCUAUAAGAUGAUGAACAAAGACUCUCGCUUCUCAAGGAAGAUGCAAGGCAACUUCUCCACGCGCAGACACUCGUGCAUUGGUUUUGAUGUGGAAAAUGGAUUAUCGGUGGGUCGUAGCCCCCUGGACCCCCAGGCCAGCCCUGGCUCUGGUAUGGUUAUACAGGCCAACUUUCCCCACAGCCAGCGGAGGGAAUCCUUCCUCUACCGCUCCGACUCCGAUUUUGACCUUUCACCCAAAGGUCCCUCCAGAAACUCCUCCACUGCCAGUGACAUGGAGGAAAGCUUGAAGCACUGGGAGGUCAACUGGUUGUCAUCUCGGCACACAGAAGACAUGAUCGUUACACCAUUUGCACAGGUCCUCGCCAGCCUGAGGACAGUCCGAGGUAACUUUGCCAUUAUAACAGACCAGCAAGAUCGCCCAGCAAGCAAGACGCGAUCCUCAGGCAACAACCCACCAUCCAUGUGCAAGACCAGCCUUGCAGAGGAGCCUCACCAGCAGCUGGCCAUAGAGACUCUGGAUGAGCUGGACUGGUGUCUGGAACAGCUGGAGACGCUGAAAACGCGACACUCUGUCAGCGAGAUGGCUUCAAACAAGUUCAAGAGGAUGCUGAACCGAGAGCUCACCCAGCUGUCAGAAACCAGCCGGUCAGGGAACCAGGUGUCUGAGUUCAUCUCGAGCACCUUCCUUGAGAAGCAACAUGGCAUGGACAUCAUGUCCCCCCCCACCAAGGAGAAGGACAAGAAGAAGCGGCCUAUGUCCCAGAUCAGCGGCGUGAAGAAGGCCACCCACAGCCUCGCCCCCUCUACCAUCCCACGCUUUGGGGUCAACACCAGCCAGGAGGCACUCCUCACCAAGGAGAUGGAGGACGUAAACAGAUGGGGCAUCGACAUAUUUAGGGUCUCUGAGUAUUCAGGGAAUCGAGCGCUGACGGUCAGCAUGUACACCAUCUUCCAGGAACGCGAACUGCUGAAGUCCUUCAAGAUUCCUGCCGACACUUUCAUUACUUUCAUGAUGACUUUGGAAGAUCACUAUCACGCGGAUGUGGCGUACCACAACAGCAUCCACGCUGCUGACGUGGUCCAGUCCACACACGUCCUGCUGUCCACACCUGCCCUGGAGGCUGUCUUUACUGAUCUGGAGAUCCUCGCCGCCCUGUUUGCCAGUGCCAUCCACGACGUGGAUCACCCUGGAGUUUCUAAUCAGUUUCUCAUCAACACCAACUCGGAGCUGGCCCUGAUGUACAACGACUCGUCGGUGCUGGAGAAUCACCAUCUGGCCGUCGGCUUCAAGCUUGCGCAGGAGGAAAACUGUGACAUCUUCCAGAACCUCAGCAAAAAACAGAGACAGUCAUUGCGCAAAAUGGUCAUUGACAUGGUGCUGGCAACAGAUAUGUCUAAACACAUGAACCUACUAGCAGACCUGAAAACUAUGGUGGAGACAAAGAAAGUCACCAGUCUCGGAGUCCUGCUCCUGGACAAUUAUUCAGACCGCAUACAGGUUCUUCAGAACAUGGUGCACUGUGCAGACCUGAGUAACCCCACCAAGCCUCUUGAGUUGUACCGACAGUGGACGGACCGCAUCAUGGUGGAGUUCUUCACCCAGGGGGACAGGGAGAGGGACAAGGGCAUGGAGGUCAGCCCCAUGUGUGACAAACACAAUGCCUCCAUAGAGAAGAACCAGGUGGGUUUCAUUGACUACAUAGUUCAUCCAUUAUGGGAGACGUGGGCUGACCUCGUCCACCCAGAUGCUCAGGAGAUCCUGGACACUCUAGAGGAUAACAGAGAGUGGUACCAGAGCAUGAUCCCCCACAGCCCUUCACCCGAAACCGAGGCCCAGGAGGAGGAGGAGGAGACCCUCACUGGAGAAGCUUCAGCACUUAGUUCCGCCGCCAUCGAUAAGUUCCAAUUUGAGUUGACCUUGGAAGAAGAAGGAGAGUCCGACACAGAGAGUCCACCUGAGGAGGAGGAGAGCUGCGAUCGCAGGAGGGCAUCUCCACUUUCCAGAACUGGAUCUGGCAGCAGAUUUGAUGCCAAGACUCGCCGGUUCCCCAAAAUGCUCACCACUGAUUCAGACAGGACGUUUUCUUUAGAAUCUGAUAAAGAUAUGGCAGAAGAAAGAGAAACAGAGCAGGAAGACAUCACUGGGGUACCACCCGUCAGACUCGGCACAUAGCACAGCCCAUUUGUUUUUCUUUGGGCCUUUUUUGUUUGUUUUUCUUGAUUUCGGUGCCUCAUCCUCUGUCACUCCCCCUUCUCCCACUCCGAGCAAACACCACCACCUCUGGUUUCCGUGGACAAAGGGCGACAGCCUCUGGGGGGUGUGGAGUACGGAGGUGCACGCAGGUGUGGGAGGUGCUGAGAGAAAGUCUGCAGUUCUACACAGCAGUCACUUGCACUGGAGAGAGACAGAUAGACUCAGAGAGGACAGGAAGCCAAGUUUCUGACAGGUCCUUUGCGUUCUGUGUCCUUCAGUCAGACUUACAGAAAUCUGAGAAGUUUAAUAAAAGAAAACUUCUCUUUCUACCAGCCAACCUAAGGUCUUCUACUGCCAACAUCAGACCUGUCUUCCUCUUUUGGAGUACUUGUGAAGAAGUGAUGAAUGACCGUGAAAACACGCAAACAAUGUCUUGUAAGACUCUUGCCAAACUUGCAAUUCAUGGGGACAAUGCUGUUUUACCUGCCUUUUGGUUUUCUGUUGGUUUGUUCUGUUAUUUAGGUCCAUACACCAUGAAAGGCAGUAAAGGAAGGUUAAGUACAUGUCACUCCAAAGCAGCCUGAGCAAAGUAACGUCAGAAAGGAGCCUCCAUGGUUUUAUGCCGUACACUUUAGAUGUAGCAGACAUUUUGAGUGGCUAUCGUUAUUGUUGUACACACUCCUAUAAGCUAAAAGCCCAUUUAGUUAUGUUUAGCAGGAGGUCGUUGUAGAACAUGCAUAUGGUUAUGACGACUGGGCUUGCAGUACAUAUUAUUUUGAGAUUUUCAGUUGUUUCAGGUUUAUUAUUUCCAUUUUUUUAUAAUCCUAAACUCUGAUAUUGACAGCAACUAAACCGAGUCAGGGUCGGAAUCACAGUCACGGGAUAACAUCUGAAGCAAUGUUGACUGUGCAUAUGGCGCCUCCCAGUGUCAACAAAUGGAACUGAACUGGCUUUUGGAGGCGAAUAAUUUGCGUGGUUUUGCAUAGACUUACAUGGAUAAUACAUUCAAAAUGUAUUUAACUGUAGGUCUACCCAAAAUAUCAGUCAUGUUUCAGUUUUGUUGUGCUUUUUAAUGUUUUUAUUUAAAUUUUAAGUCGGUAAUGUUUGUUUGCUUUCUUUUUAUUUGUCUCCCAUUUUAUCAAUUUGCCUUCAAGUGUAGCACUUUACAGUUUUUUUCAUUGCCGGCCCUCACUAUGGUUUUAAAGGGCUUGAGCCGAAAACAUUAACACUUCUGAGGCUGUUGACUGAGGAACAGUUUGUCAUUGACUGUAAAGCAAACCAGCACAAACUUCAUACAAAGAACACUAUCCAUUCAAAUCCAUUAUUGUUACUACACAAUUUGUCAAACACAGCUACUGAAAUGCAGAUUUUGGUGACUUGCAUAACGUACCAGACUGAUAAGGGCAGUGUAUUAGAUGUGUGAGUGUUGCAAAGAAUGAUGCUCGCAUCACUGUAACUGUAAAAAAACCCAGGAGGUUACCAAGAGACAGUUUCCUGUGCCAGAACCUUUUUUUUUCUAAUCUUUUUUUCCCUCUCAUUGAUCAAUAUUUCACUCUUCACAAGGACAUAGUCAAUGACAAAACAAGUGCCAAGCAAGCAUGAUACAACCCGUACUGUAAUUUCCAUUUUGCCACUGGCUACUUUCCAUCAGUGACUGAUAAAGUUGGUUGAUUGUAGCACCCUGUGUGCCAAUCUGACCCGACUGUCUCUGGUCCUUUUUUUUAAAGCUCCUGUUCAAACAGUAGCUGAAACUGAUGUUGUCUUAAACAGUGAUGUGGGUUUGUGUGUGUGUGAAUGACUGAGUUUCAUUUUUUUAAAUGUAUUUACUAAAAAAACCAAAGCACUUUGUAUGGUACUUUUACAGUUCUGCACUUCCAGUACAGUUGAACAUGUAUAAUGUGACUGUUUCACUGUUUUUUCUGUCGGCAAAAGGCUUGGUGAUCGAGUGGAAUAGCACGGGCUGGACCACUACAGCUCUUAUAGUUUGGAUGUUGGAGGGACUGAAGUUGUUUUUUGCUCUUUUUAUAACUGACUGUACAAAAACAUGGUUUUCUGUGGAAAUGAAUGACGUCGGCUGCAGGAUUCAAAGAACGUGAGGAGUAUAUACACAAAACUUAGCCUGUGGAGAAACUUUAUUUUAUUUUAUUAUCGUGAAACAGAAAUAACUCAUGUUUUAAUGUAUGAAUGAGAUGAACUUUUUUUUUUUUUUCUUUAGACGCCUUAUUUUGGAUUUUGGUCGUAGAUGUGUUCACUGACAUGCUGGAGUAUAAAACACGUGCAAUCCCUUCUGUAGAAACUCAAGGAUGCCUUCAACAUUAAGGACUAUUUAACAGAAGCGUAACCAGCACAACAUGCAAAGGUUCAGUCUGUCUCUCUGUGUGUCACUAAUUAUUUGAUUUUGUACAUUUUCCUCACAGUGCUUCAUGUACAGUUUAUUUAUUAUUUCUUUAUUAUCUGUCAGAAACAAUGGGGCAGUAGACUUUUUUUUAGUCUGAGGUUUAGUGCUCAUGUGUAGCUCGACGCGUGAGGAAAGUCAAACAGGACAGAUUUCAACUAUUACUCAGCUUUUUCCUCCUCGUUUAAUUUCUCUAUCUUUGCGAGUAACAUUAUACAUAAGCAAAAAUGAUCUCUUUCAUGUUUUUCUUGUUUUAAAAAUAGUUGAGUGACAGAUUUCCGUCUUGGUUUUCUGAAACACCUCGGAAGACAUCUUUUCCUCGUCGUUCUCUGUUUCCACUGAUCUACUCAGAUCAUGUAUUCAUAAAGGAUCGUACAGUCAAUGUGCCGAUCCAAGACUUCUUUGAUUCAUAGUGAAGAUAAUUUAGUCAGACAGCCUCAACAGUCAUCCUUGAUCAGUAUUUCUUUUCCCAGAGAUGUUAUGAAUAUGGGUUGUGAACCAAGACUGCAGCUUUGACAAUCCAAACUCUGCUGUUUAACUGCGAGUGGGUUAGCCCUCUCUCCAACUAGAACUGUAUGCCUUGCCAAUAAAGGAAAAGGUUUUCACUCUU